AUGGACGGCAAUGACCGUCGGCGCUCGCAGUAUGGACAGCCAUACCAUUCGCAAGCGCAGUCAAGACCACUGCCUGGACAGCCCAUGGGUCCACCAUCUGGUGAUCGCUAUUCACAACCGACGACACCUGCCCGAAGUGAUAUUGGACGAUCUUCAAUGACGCGGCCGUAUCUUCCUAGUUACGCAGGCUACGGCUAUCCAGAUCAGCAGUACAGUAGCUCCCAGAUGCAGGGCAGUAGCCCGAUGCAAGGUGUGGAGAUGCAGUAUUCACCUGCUUACAUGCAAGAUGCCUCGAGGCAGCAGUCGGUACAAGCAUCCCCGUCGCAGCAUCAACAGCAGUUUGCCCAGUAUGCUCAAAGUUCUCUACUUCCUCCCGUGGGACCAGCUUCGCUCUACGAUCCUAUGAGCUACCAACAACGGCAGUCUGCAGCAAUCGAAGUCAUGGCAAGCCAGCUAGCUGUACCACAAUACGUCGGCCAAACUGAACAUGGCGGUGUUGGCGUUGGCGUUGGUACGGCGCCAGCCCACUACCUGACCACCCAAGCAGAUACAAGCACCUACGGUUCGGUGGCAGUCACGCGGCCGUCACUCCCUCAACCAUACGGCGCGACUCAAGCGGAUUAUCCCGGUAUUGAACCACCAGAAGCUGAAGAUACCGGUGCUCAGAGUGCCCAAGAAGCAUUGGAUGAAGGCUUGAGAGAAUAUCAGCAGCAAUUGCGUUCUACAUUCGACUCCAUCAUUGGUGGUAGAGUGACAGAAGCGAGACUACAUCACGAUGACGAGAAUCGGCAUAACGAGCGAGUCGAGCUUUGGCGAGAGUUCAACCUGUCUUGGGAGGCCCUUGGUCAAAAACAAAAGGACAUCACCGAAGAAGCACUGAGAACACGAAGACAGCCUGCAGACAUACUUUCAGCUGAAGCGAUAACAAAUCUGGUCGACGAACUGAUAGUGUUUUGCGAUACUCUCGAACCUUAUGGACUGGUUGAUUUCGAAAUGGGAAUCUGGGAAGAGCAAAUCACCAACAUUUUUAGCGUGUGUAUUGACCUCCUACCUCGCAAUGCCUCCACCACCCAAACAACUCGAGCACAAGCAGAUCCCGUUUGA